AUGACUAUAGUCAAAUCACCCCCUGGGCUAGGAUAUAUUGGGUAUGACUAUAGUCAAAUCAUCCCCUGGGCUAGGAUAUAUCUGGAAUAUUAUCGCAAGUUUUCACGGCGUAAAGUUGAGAGUAAUUGGGAUAGAUAUGAAGGACUGCCAGAUGAUGAGGAAGAAGCUAUACAAAUGAGAGGAAGUGACUUCAGCAUAUUAAUCAAUCAAGCAGGCACAGCAUCAUCUCAGUUUUGUUUUCAAGAUGAGAAAGAAUGGAAGGAAGAAAUGAAGUCAAUUCAGAUAGCAAACAAUGUUCUCUCAUUGGAUGUUGAUGCCCUUAGUUCAUCACUGAACACCAUACCACUACACAAAAUACUGCAGAUUGAGGAAGACAUCUUUCAGCCAACCACCAUUAGAAAAUUUGAAGAAAAGGCAGCCGAAAAUAAAAAGUUGUUGCUUGGAAAGACUGUACCAUCAUUAAAAACUACAAGUGUAACUGGACGUGAUAGAGAUCCUACUCAAAGUGAAAUAUGUACUGAACGAAAACCCACUGCUGCAACUCCGCACAUUGCAGUUUUAAGUGAAGAUCUAAAACAAAAAAUAAGAUGUGACAUUGAAAGGACAGUUAAGCCUGAUAGAGAAAUAACACAUCAUGCUGAGGAAAAACCAUGGCAACAAGAAGAAGAAGAUGACAAAGCUGAGGAUGAAUUAAAUUUUUUGUUGUCACUAGAAACACCAGUAUCACAAACAGUAAUGCCUAAUGAAGACAGUAGUCAAUUGGAAAUACCAGAUACUCAAAUAAAAGAUGAUGGAAGUAAAGCAGUAGCAGAGAAAACAUUUCAACCAAAUAAAGAGAGUACAGAAGAAUCCUCUGUUGACAUUGAAGACUGGCUGGACAGUGUACUGGAUGACUGAAUAGCUGUACAACACUGUUCAUAAUAGUGUGCUAGAUUUCCAUCUCAAACUCUCCAUACAUUUAUUCUGUACAACACUGUUCAUAAUAGUGUGCUAGAUUUCCAUCUCAAACUCUCCAUACAUUUAUUCUGUACAACACUGUUCAUAAUAGUGUGCUAGAUUUCCAUCUCAAACUCUCCAUACAUUUAUUCUGUACAACACUGUUCAUAAUAGUGUGCUAGAUUUCCAUCUCAAACUCUCCAUACAUUUAUUCUGUACAACACUGUUCAUAAUAGUGUGCUAGAUUUCCAUCUCAAACUCUCCAUACAUUUAUUCUGUACAACACUGUUCAUAAUAGUGUGCUAGAUUUCCAUCUCAAACUCUCCAUACAUUUAUUCUGUACAACACUGUUCAUAAUAGUGUGCUAGAUUUCCAUCUCAAACUCUCCAUACAUUUAUUCUGUACAACACUGUUCAUAAUAGUGUGCUAGAUUUCCAUCUCAAACUCUCCAUACAUUUAUUCUGUACAACACUGUUCAUAAUAGUGUGCUAGAUUUCCAUCUCAA